AUGGCGUCUCUCAAGACGCGUGUGGAGGAAUUGAAGCGAGGCGAUGCGGUUAAGAAUGCUCUUCUCGAUGAGCUAGUGGCACAGGUUGAACGACUUGCACAGGAACGCGAUGCCGCCCAAGGCGAGCUGGGUAUGGCUCAGGAUACCGCUCGGACCUAUUACCAGAGGAUGGUUCAGGCUGAGUCAGAGAAGUCUCACAUGCAGACAUCCAUGGAUUGCGAUAGAUUCGUACUUGUCCUGAUAGACGGGGACGGAAUGCCGUUUCUUGACGAAUUCGUCUCGAGAGGUCUGGAAGGCGGCGAAGAUGCUGGUAAACAUCUCCGCACCGCCGUCUUGGACUACUACAAAACACAUGCCAAAUAUCAUGCUGACGAUCGAAUCGUAAUGCGGAUCUAUGCAAACUCGAAAGGGCUGGGCAGGACCUACAAAGCAGCCAAAAUCAUCCCUGAUGAGGCCGUCUUUGAUCAGUUCAUGAUCGGCUUCAACAGGAGCCAUCCUCUCUCCGACUUCGUUGAUGCAGGUCAUCACAAAGAAGCUGCGGACUCCAAACUGAAAGCAAACUUCGAACUCUACUAUCGAAACCACCAUUGCCAGCAUAUCAUGUUCGGCGGCUCUGCCGACAACAGCUAUGCCGGCUUUCUGAGUCCGCUCUCGCUUCCAAAUUCCAUCAACGACCGCAUCACACUACUCGAGGGUCCACCUUUUCCUUAUGACCUGAGAAAAGUUGCUCAAGGUUUCCGCCAGACAGCCUUUAGGGGAAUUUUCAGGACAGUGAAGAUCCAGACCAUACCCAACGGCGUGCCGCUCGUCGGAUCCAAGAGACCUGCUACCGACGUCCUCACAUCCAUGAGAGAACGGCCAACCCCGCAAGCCAAAUCUGCAGUCAUCACGCCUCCUAAGCCGCAACUUGGUCAGCAACCACAGCAACCACCGACAAGCGUCUUCACUCCGCCAUCAUAUAUCUACCAGAACCAGUACGGCCAGAGGUUGGAUGUGCCACUCAACAUCGACAAAGAAUAUAUGAAGGAGCUGUACAGCAAAAACACUCGGCUUUGCAACAACUACUAUCUGAAGGGUCAUUGCCCGUUUGGCGAUAAAUGCGAAUGGGAUCACAGCCAGCAUCUCACUCAGCGACAACUCGAUACAUUCAGACACAAGGCCAGAACAUCCAGCUGCCGGAAUCCGUUCUGCCAGGACCCUGCCUGUUGCCUCGGCCAUAUGUGUCCUCGGGGAGCCUCUUGCGAUAUCUCUUUGUGUAAAUUUCUUCCUGAAAUGCACAACAUCGAUUGCCGGGAGGUCUACCAAUACAACCCUGAGAAGGGGGAAAGAAAGAGAGUCUUGAUGCCGGGCUAG